AUCUUCAAGGUGACGGGUGCCCUGCAACGAGUCAGGGCGAGCCCUGCAGACUCUGUGAUGAAAUUUUAAAUGCGUAAAAAAGACACUUUAUUUUGACAUCCACGCGGCACGUGGCGUGGGGAGCACCAUACUGUGUCAACCUGUGGACCCACUUACUUCCAGUCUCUCCGCAGCUCUGCACAUGAGCAGUUCAAGGGCGCUCCCAAGUUUCUGAUGCCAACAAGUUCUUUACUCCGAGCUUCCACCCGCAGCCAAUCGUCAUGUUGGAUACAUUUGGGGUGCAGUGCGCCGGUGUGGUCGUCUCCAGCGCGGACCUCCAGCUCAAACUGACGGACAGCAAGGGCAGCCUGGCCGCAGCAGGGAUGGGGAUGGAGAACGGCACAGGGAAUAAACUCAUAGACAUAACUGGUCCGGCUUUAUCCAAAAGAAAACUUCUGGUCGGUUUAGACCUCCUCUGCCUCUGCCUGGCUUCCAUCCCUUUCUUUGCAUGUGAGCUGAAGGCAGUGAGUCCAUACAGGAGGGGCUUCAUGUGCGGGGACCCCAGCAUCACCUAUCCCUAUCGGCAUCGAGAGGCCAUACCGGAUGAAUUACUCAUCACGGGUGGCAUCAUCAUCACCGGCCUCACUAUCGCCCUCGGGGAGUGUUACCGAGUUCGUUUCAGAGGCGUCAGCUCCAAGGCCUUUGUGAGGAACCUGUAUGUGUCCUGUCUGUACAAGGAGCUGGGCUGCUUCCUGUUUGGCUGCUGUGUCGGCCAAUCACUGACCAACAUGGCCAAGCUGAGUGUCGGGCGGCUGCGACCGCACUUCCUGUCUGUGUGCGACGUCACCUAUGCAUCGCUGAACUGCACACCUGGAACAUACGUCGCAACAGUGACCUGCCGCCAGCCCGACCACCGGUUGGAGGAGGAGGCCAGGAAGUCCUUCUUCUCUGGUCACGCUUCCUUUGCGAUGUACACAAUGCUCUAUUUAGCAUUUUACCUUCAGGCGCGGUUGACCUGGCGUGGGGCUCGGCUGCUGAGGCCGGCUCUGCAGUUUUUCUUGGUUCUGCUGGCGGUCUACACGGGUCUGACCCGCAUCUCAGACUACAGGCACCACCCGUCCGACGUGCUCACAGGCUACAUACAGGGAGCCCUCACUGCUUACUGGGUGGCCUUCCACAUCUCGUCCAUGUUUAAAAGCUCGAGUUCAGAUCUGUCUCCAACUGAGACCCUGGACAGACCCUUGUCGCCGCACCACACUGUCUGCUAAACCUCACCUCCACCAACCCCUCCGUGUUCCAACAUCCACCUGCUGCCCGUAGUUCACCUUGGACAGACGAGAAAUUUGAAGAAUGUCAGACCAUUUCCUGUGAAGUUAAACCACAUACCUCAUAUGGACAGAGUGUGUGUGAGAGAGAGAGAGGGAGAGUAGAGCUUGUGAGAUACUGUAUGUGGCUCAAAAAGACAAACCGUGUCAACUGGGAGAAAGGACGAGGGAGGGUGCUGAAAACAAUGCUUGCUUGCUGGGCUGGAGCCUUUCCUUUUGUCCAUGUGACUGACCGUAGCUUCACAUGUGAUACUCAGGCUACCUGUGAGAUGAGACAACAGCAACCACUGCCGCUCUAUACGUUACCUGUAAAUAUAUAUAUAUAUAUACAGAUUUUGUAAUGAUACUGUAAAAGCACUUUUUGAUUUCCAUCUUAGUAUUAUCAAUUAACACUUUGUAAUAAUUUGCUACGUAGGAUGUAAAAUAUUUUAUACAAACGUGAUAUAAGUUGUACUGUAACUGUUUGUUUUAAUUUUUUUUACAUAAACCCAGUGAAUGUAAUGGUGUUGAAGAAAAGCACAAAUGGCGAGAAAGCAACUCAUUUUCCGAAUGUGUUGCAUCAUUUAGAUGUGGUAGGAUGUGUGUGUCCUUCUGUUUGCAUUCAGUGUGUUGUAUACAUAGUUCAAUAAUGAGAGAAUGACUGGGAGGAUGUCUACACAACAGAUAUAAUCAUGUUUGAAACAGUCCGGACGCUUUAACUCUCAGACAGUAUGAUGCUAGACUACUUACCACUCCAAGAGCACACAGAUAAUUAAAUAAAAAUGUGAUUUUUUUAAA